AUGCUUCGCCCGGAGGCUGCAGACUCCAGGGAGGCUGAGCCGGGUCCAGCCCCAGAGCGUGGCUCGGAGGCCGGGGGCCGGCCGCUGCGGCUCUGGCCAGCAGGGGGCGCUGCGGGGCAGGCGAGGACCUGGGCUCGGCCCGCGAGCGGCGGGGACCCCGAACUCCGGCCCGCGCGGGACACGUCGCCCGCGGAGACACACGGGUCUCCAGGCGAUAACUGUCCGCCUCGGCUUGAUAGAAGAGGGUUGGCCGAUGGGGGAGACAGUGGGAGGAAAACCCUCUCCUCGUUCCAAGACCCCAAGGCCCAGACAGGCGUCAUGAAUGUUUUGUGCACAUUGCUGUCCAGCCAGCCGCCACUGGACAUCCCUGUGCACUUCCGCCCGCCGCAAGUACCUUGCACGUGGCGGGCUUGGGCGGGACGCGCGAGCGGCGACGGGCUGCACAGUGCCAGCCGCGUCUGGGACCGGACGAUGAGCCUGACCGCGGCGCCCCGCUCCGUGCGGCCUGGGAAGGCCGCGCCCCCCACUGGCCCGCCGGGGAUAUCUCUGGUCGUGGAGCUGAAUGUGGGGGGCGAGUUCUACACCACCACCGUGGGCACCCUGAGAAAAUUCCCAGGCUCAAAGCUGGCAGAGAUGUUCUCCAGCUCCGCCAAGGCCUGCGUAGAUCUGGAGGGUCGCUUCUUUAUCGAUCGCCCUGGCACCUAUUUCGGACUCAUCCUGGACUACCUGCGCAGCGGGCAGCUGCCCACCCAGCACAUCCCCGAGGUGUACCGUGAAGCUCAGUUCUACGAAAUCAAGCCUUUGGUCAAGCUCCUGGAGGACACGCCGCAGAUCUUCGGUGAGCAGGUGGCUCGGAAGCAGUUCUUGCUGCGGGUGCCAGGCUACAGCGAGAACCUGGAGCUCAUGGUGCGCCUGGCGCGGGCUGAGGCUGUGGCGGCGCGCAGCUCCGGAGUGCUGGUGUGUGUGGUGCCCACAGAGGAGAAUGCCGCAUUUUGCGCAAAUGCCUUGCGCAUCCUGGAGGCAGACAAGAGGUCAGUGAUCAAGUUUGGGCCUUGGAAGGCGGCCCCGGGCGUCCACGACCUCCUGGACUGCGUGAAGAUGGAUAUUAUGGCCCAGGGGUACCAGGUGGUCUAUAAAAGCCAUAACGAGAAGGCAUUUUCACUUGGCCUCUCCAAUUACUUCUAUAUAUUCCUCUUCACCUGGUGGUGAUCCCCAGAGGCAGGGGUAGUUUGUUAUGGGCUCUGGUGGGGCUUAUGAAAUUAAAAGUUGCCUUCAAAAGCCAUCUUCCUUUAAUUUCAAAAACAAACAUCAAACAACUUCCAAGGUGGUCUGUGAGGCUUGCCCCCAAAUAUUUAUCUUUCCCUCAAGGACUUUCCACUCAUUGCAACUGACUCCACUGUACUUGCCUAGUGAGGUGCAGCUGCUCCCUCUUUAAAGCCUCAUGUACCUGCCACACCCUUCCCUCAAGGUCUGAUAGCAAGGCUGACAGGAGUUGGAAUCAACAGCGCUUUGGCUGGAGAUGCAGGAUGACAACAGGAAAAUAACAGGAGACCAUGAAUCUAGAUUGACCUAAAAAUGUAGUC